AUGAGUGAAAAUUUUCUUUUAUCAACCGAACCCGGAUUUGCAACGACGACCAAAGAAGUUCCGGCGACAUUAGAUCGUAAAGCACCACUCCAUCUGAAAGAUCUCGGAAAUGCCGGUUCGUUUUCUGAUUGCCACGUGCUUGCAUCGCAGCGUCUCGAGAGCAUCCCAAUGGUACAUCUGGAAAAAGAUCCAAUAAAACCGCAAAUAUUGCAACAACAUGUCGAAUAUUUCGAUACUGAUGGAGAUGGUGUCAUUGGACCAUUGGACACAUUGAAAAGAACCCAUGAAUUAGGAUUUAAUAUCUUCUUUAGUAUUUUCGUCAUGACUGUCAUUCAUGGUAGCUUCUCUUAUGUUACCCAAAAAAGUUGGAUACCAUUCUUUGGUAACCCAUUUUUCAAUAUAUAUAUUGAUAACAUUCAUAAUGCUAAACAUGGAUCGGAUUCCGAAGUUCUCGACACGGAGGGCCGAUACAUUCCCGAGAAAUUUGAAGAGAUCUUUUCGAAAUAUGAUCGGAAUAAUAAAGGCGGAUUGAAUUUUUCCGAUAUCGCUCAUAUGAUUUAUGUUAAUGCCAACGUAUUUGAUUUUUUUGGUUGGUUCUCUACCAUACUUGAAUGGGGAACUUUGUACCUGUUGUGUGCAGGCAAUAAACGAAUGAUUAGUAAGGAAGAUGUGAGAACAUGUUACGAUGUGAGUUAUUUUUGUUUGCCUUAA